CUAGAGCGUAAUCAAUUGGACUCCAACUAAAAAGAAGUGGUGAUUUGGUUUCGGCCAAUUUUCUAUCUGUACGAAAAUCCCCUGAACCGGGGGAUUUCUUUUUUUUUCAGUCCGGACUGUGAAAAAAACUCAAAGAAAAUACAUUCGACCGUUGAAACUCUGAAAAGGCGUGAAAGCCAACGACAAAUGGCAAAUGCGGUAAGCCCACACACACCAUAUAGCAUCUCGAUGAGGGGGAGAAUGACUGAAACAUUCAAGGAACUGAAUAGACCGACUGUAACAAAAAUUGAAGAAACAAAUGGACCUCCGACUGUUAUAACUAAUUCAUUGCCAUUGGAUUUGAAAAGAUGUAACAUACGGCAUCACAGAUUGCAACAUGCAGAGAUGCAGCCGUUAGAGGAAGCUGUUAAAAUGGAGUUACAAUCUAUGCCAUCAAAGACCCCGGUGUCUGUCCUUCAGGAACUACUGAGUAGGAGAGGGACUAUACCAAAAUAUGAACUGGUACAGGUAGAAGGUGCCAUCCACGAGCCGACUUUCCGCUACAGGGUCACUGUAGGUGACUCGGUUGCAAUGGGUACGGGUAGAUCAAAAAAAGAGGCUAAGCAUUCAGCAGCAAAAUCGAUUCUUGACUGUCUCACAGGAAAUGCGGAUGGAACAGUCUUACCAAAUCCUCCAAUUCAAGAUCCUAAGAGCUCGGUGGGAAACCCAAUAGGGCUUUUACAAGAGCUUUGCAUGUCAAGGAGAUGGCCACCACCAGCCUAUAAAACUGAGUUUGAGGAGGGUCUUCCUCAUGAAAGGCAGUUCACUAUUUCAUGUGUCGUCUUUAAACACAAGGAAACUGGUACUGGUAAAUCAAAGAAAAUCGCCAAAAGGUUGGCUGCCCAAAAUAUGUGGCACAGAUUGAAAAGCAUUCCUUUUGACAAAAAUUCGCCUCACUGGAAUGAAGGCCUGGAUGAUGAUGAGCUGUUGGCUCGCCGUUAUAUGGAUUCUUCAAAUAAUAUUUCCGAAUGGGAGGAUUUGAGGACGUCCAAGAUAUCGACUUUAACUCCACAACAAACUAUCAAAAUAUCCCAGUUCCACAAAAAUCUCAAAUCAUCUGAAGGACCAAAAUUAAAUGAAUUGCAGAAUAUAACGCUUUCAUCUGAAAUCAACUAUGUUCAAUUUCUUAAGGAAAUUGGGGCUGAGCAAGAAUUUGUGGUAGCAUUUGUUGACAUUGAAGAAAAGUCAAUGACAGGUAAGUCUCAAUGCCUGGUACAAUUGUCAACAUUUCCCGUCGCCGUUUGUCAUGGGUCCGGUGCUACUCCAAAAGAGGCACAGGCUUUGGCCGCACUUGCUGCUCUUGAGUACCUAAAGCUGAUGACAAAGAAAUGAAAAAUUGAAAGGAUUCUAAUGGAUUUUUUUCUUUUGUUGGUAAAAAUUCAUUGCCUCUCAAUCAUUCAUUAAAUGAAAACAGGGGAUUUUCAAAUUGAUGGUUUUACCAUGUAAGGUGGCCCCGCUGCCCUAAUACGUUGUUCUACAGACCAUUGGCAGACAAAAGUAUUCGCCGUUGGGCCAAAUUGUCCAGAUAAUUCACUUUCAAUUAUGUAUUUAUCACAAAAUGUUUUUAUAGGGAAAGUUGGUAUAAAAACAAAAAUGAGAUUUUUUUCUGGACAUAUUGGCCAUUAUUCUUUUGAGAAAGUGUGCAAAUAAUAUACAAGCUAUACUUUGCAUAGAAUUAGUGGAUUUUUUUCUAACUGUAAGGUAACUGAAUUUGUGGAUUUUUAAUUUUCACUUCAUUAAAAUUGAACCAACAUGCUUUGAAGAAUUGUUCAUUAAUAUACCUUUAAGUAGGAAAAUAGGCAUUAUUUUAAUGCAAAGUAUAGAAGUUGUACUACCUUAAACAAUUUGUUUUUUAAUUUGUAAGGCUUUAUUGUAAUACAUAUGUAAUGUAAGAGAUGUUAUGCUUAGGAUUGUUCUAUUCCUUUAAAGUGAAAAAGUUUUGAUAAUAAAAUUAGUACUUUUAAAACCUAAUAGUUGGACCGUUAAAUAUAUAGUCAGCCAGUCGUUAAGAACAAGUUUAGUUCAAGUUAAAAGUUAUUGGGUCAUCUUAAAUUUUCUUCCUAUUUUAUUUUAUAAAAUUUCAACCAAAUUUUAAUUUAUGCCUUGCUUCAACUAUUUAAAAAA